GAGUAAACAUUACUGUGCGCACUACUAUUUCACACAGAGCGCUGUUGCUGCCUCUGCGACUACCAGAACUUCAAAGAGCCGUGGACGCCAUCCAUUACUUGGUAAGAGAGGAAGUAACUCAUCAAAAGUGCAAUUCUUUACUGGAGACUUUAACCGCAGGACUCCCCGUUCACCGCUGUGUCUGAUGGGCUUCCCCUGUCUGCGACUCACACCAGGAAGUGAGUGAGCAGGUGAGACGCACCUGUUCAGAACGCAGACUGAAACUCUGAUGGCAUAAUAUCUUAUGGCUGGCAAACAGGUCGGAUAGCUGUAUGAUAUGCCAAAACGCACAUCACGCAAUUAUUCCAAACAGCAAUUCGCCGAUAAAAAGAAGACAUGGACUUAGACCUGAACUGGGCUCCAGAGCCGGAUUACGUGUUGCGCUUUUGAAAUCUCCCCUCCGCGACCUAUACAGGUGGGACGCGAAACUGUUAACACGAGUUUCGGACACUGUUAUGGGGAAUCAAGUGGAGAAAUUUACCCAUUUAAAUUACAAUGAAUUACCCACGACUGACCCUAAUGGGUUCGACCUAGAGGACGACACUCCACGGAUCGGCGUGUCUUAUAUUUUCUCUGCUGAUGACAACGAGCAGGAGGACAACAUCGAUGAGACCGAAACGGAAGGUGUUAAACAUUACGACUGCCGAAAUGAAUUAGAAUGCGCGGUAUAUUAUCGCGACGAGUGCAUAUACGACAGGAAUAGCAGGUUCGGUGAAGUGGGAACCCUGUCGUGGGAGAACUUAGCGAAUAAAUGCAAACCCGGUGACCUGGUGGAGUUUGUGGCUAUCGGUCAGUACCCGCACUGGGCCGUUUGUGUUGAUGACCAACAGGUGGUUCAUUUGCAUAGAAACGAGAUUAAAUGCGACUUUCUUUUCGAUGCCAGUCAAGGUAAAAGGGGCAGAAUUGUGAACGACCUGUAUAAGUUUCGCGCGCUGAGCCCUGAUGUUGUGGUGCAGAAUGCCAUGGAGCAAGUGGGGAUGAAAGAGCGAGACAUUUGCUGGAAGAACUCUGAAUGCUUCGCUGCCUGGUGCAGGUUUGGCAAACGCGAAUUUAAAAUUGGAGGCGAGAUACGAAUCGGGAAGCAACCGUACAAGAUGAAACUGCAGCUGUCGGAGAAGAAAAGUCACGUUUUGGACUUUCAAAGUUUAGAGGAUUUGAUCAUGGAAAAUAGGAGAAACGAUCAAAUGGGAAGGGAAGCCGUUAUUCAGGAACUGGAGAAUCGUUUAAAUUGCACAGAAGACACGGAGAAUGAUUACAAUUGUAACUGAUGGAUCAAAGAGGGAGGUUCUCUAGUGGCCAAACAGCCUCAUCGUGGCUUUGUUUGUAAUCACCUCAAGCACAGGGGCAGUGUUGCAAUUUUAAUCAGUUUCUCAAGAGAGUUUUCUGUCAGCAGCACUUUUAUAAAUUGGACAACUUCAUCUUGUUUGCAAUGAUAAUCCUGGUGUUUUUGUAAUAAGGAUUUGAUCUUAACCUCACUUUGCUGUAUUCACAUCCAAGGGAACGUUUUAUGAAAGCCUUUCCAUAUCACCUUCUAAUGAUCAUAGUAUUUUCUUUUGAGGACUGGCAAAGUAUGUAUUACCAUGACACAUUAUUUCAAUAGAGUCUGAGUAUUUUUACUUAAGUACUGUUUUGUUCUUCAGCAUUGGAUUGUGAUAUAAUCAAUAUGACAUUUUGUUGUUUAGCUUCAGUUGUCUCAUCAAGUACUGUAUAAACCUGCAGCCUAUAUUUUUUUGCUACUGAACUUACUACUGACAGUAAGUAAGACUCAAAUGUUAUUCAUGCAUGCAGAGAAGAUAUUUUCAUUCAGCGUUCAAUUCAGAUCAACUCUUCUGUUUGGUUUGAUUGAUGGAAUUGGUAUAUAUAUAUAUAUAUAUAUAUAUAUAUUUCCAGUCUGUUGUUAGUGAUUGAGCUUUUUCUGUCCGGAGCUGACUCCUGAUUCCAUCAUAUUUAUUUCAUGCACAUCCAAACAUUUCAUGAUGAAAAACACCCCUAAGGGAAAAAGUAAACAUUCAUUUAUGAAUAUUAAUGAAAUUACUUAAGUAAUAAGAAAGAGUUUAAAAUGUUCAGAGGAAAGGAUUUCUUUAUAUACACAAGUAUAUAUAAGUAUAUUUUGUUUUCCCUGAUGUUCAUUUGUUUCCCAAUGAUGCCACAUAAUAAAGUCAUACACAGCAUUGUACUAGGAGAGUUAGUAUGAGAAAACUGAAGACUGACCAUUAAGUUUUGAGUAAGCUGAAACUAAUCAUUUUUAUAAUCUCUUUUCUGAUUUUUAUGUUCAUAAAGCAUAUAUUUGCCUUUUGUGUUGUUUUUGUUGUGCCCCUAGGGAUUUAAUAUAAAUCUGUUCAAUAGGG